AGCUCAGCCAUGGUGGACCCUGUGCCUCGAGAGGAGAAUACGGGAGCAGAGCCCGGAGGCUCGGGCGGGAAUGGGGCCGCCGCAUCCGUCGCCCCCGAUGCCCAGGGCGCCCAGCAGCCCGCCACCCCCUCGGCCUCGGCCUCGGGGGCGGUGCCCCGCAAGGCGGAUGUCCCGUGCGCAGCGGAAGGCGGCCGGCGGGAGCAGUCCCCCAUGCUGCACCUCGACCUCUUCAACUUCGACUGUCCCGAGGCUGAGGGCAGCCGCUACGUGCUCACCAGCCCCCGUUCGCUGGAGGCCUGCGCCCGCUGCGCCGUCAAGCCCGUGGAACUGCUGCCCCGCGCCCUGGCCGACCUGGUGCGCGAGGCUCCGGGCCGCUCCAUGCGCGUGGCCACCGGCCUGUACGAGGCCUACGAGGCGGAGCGGCGAGCCAAGCUGCAGCAGUGCCGGGCGGAACGCGAGCGCAUCGUGCGCGAGGAGAAGCGGCGCCUCUUCACGCCCCUGGGCCCCGCGGCCGCGGCCCCCGGCGCGGGCAGCAGCAGCAGCUGCAGCAGCGCCAGCCUGCCGGCCUCGCCCGCGCCGCGCGGCACCCGCAAGGCCUCCUCCAGCCCUUCCCCGGCCCGCAGCCAACCUCCCCCAGCGGGGUCGCGGACCGGGAGGAAGAGCCACUCCCUGGACUCGCUGUCCCGCCGACGGGACGGCGCCCUGAGCUCCGAGUCGGGCGCGUCGUCGUCGUCCUACAGCGGCGAGAGCCUGCGCGAGACGCGCUGGUCGUCGUCGCGCGCCUCGGCCAGACACAGCUACCCGGCGGGGUCGGCGGCGUCCGUCCCCAACCCGACGGGGCGCCCGUCCGCCCUGGCCCUGCCUCCGAUCCCCAGCCGGAGCUUCAGCCUCGGCGACCUGAGCCACUCGCCGCAGACGGCGCAGCACGUGGAGCGCAUCGUGCGCCAGGUCCGCGCCGAGCGGGGCCUGCGCGGGGUGCCCGAGCGCGACCGCAAGAUCGCGGCGCUGAUGCUGGCGCGCCACCAGGAGGAGCGCCUGUUGCUGGAGCAGCGCGCCGCGGCCCACGGCCAGUGGGAGCAGCAACGCCUGCGCGCCGAGCAGCGGCGGGAGCGCGAGGAGCGCGAGAAGCAGCGCGCGCUGGAGCAGGGCCGGCGGGCCUGGGCGGCGCAGGUGGAGGAGCGGCGGGGCCGGCGCGGCCGCGAGGAGCGCGAGACGGCGCGGCGGCGGCAGCGGCAGUACGAGCGCAGCGAGGAGCGGCGCCGGGAACUGAGCGAGCGCCAGGGCCUGCUGCGGCGGGAGCGGGCGGAGCGCGCGGCCCAAGAGGACCGGCUGCGCAAGCUGCAGCAGGAACAGAACCUGAAGCAGCGCGAGGAGGGCCUGCAGGAAGGGCGGGCGCGGGCCGAGCAGGUCCGCCGGGAGCGCGCGCAGCGCGCGGCGCGCACCAAGCAACGGCAGGAUGGCCAGUUGCAGCGCGAGAAGCGGGAGCUGAGCCGGGCCGAGCGGGCGCGCCACGAGGCGCUGCUGCAAGGCCGGGUUCGGCAGGAGCACGAGGAUCGGGAGGGCCUGAGGAGCUCCCUGGAGGCCAGCCUGGGCCGCGCGCAAGAGAACUACGAGCAGCUGGUGGAGCAGCGCGCCCGGGAACUGCGGGAGCGAGCCCGGCGGGAGGAACUGCAGGGACGGCGUGCCAAGGAAACCGCCGAGCGCAAAGAUCGGGAGCAUCGGGAGCACUUGGAGGCGCUGGCCCGGGUCGGAGAGCGGCGGCAGCAGCAUGCCACCCAGGCGGUUGAGGAGGCGGUGCAGGAGAAGGCGCGACGGGUGGGCCAGAACCGGCUGGAGAAGGAGCGGACCCAGCGCGCCAACAAGGAGAAGGUGGACCGCGAUGAAGACUGUCGCCGCCGGGAGCUGAUCCAGGCCAUCGGGCGCAAGCUGGAGCGCAGCGAGCAGCUGUCACGCGAGCGGCGGAGCGCGCUAGAGAGCGCGCGCUCCACGGCCCGGGCCUCCUUCCACGUGCGCGAGAAGGUUCGCGAAGAGACCAACACGCGCUCCUUCGAUCGCAUGGUGCGCGAGGCGCAGCUACACGCCAGCCUGGACCGCAAAUGACCACCGACCCCCCCUCCCCCUUCACCCCUGCCUAGUCAGACUGCCAGGCCGGGGCCCCGCGGGAGCUCCCGUCGUCGUCGUCGCUUUGGCCGACCCGUGGCGGUGAGUGCCAGUCGUGGCUCAGCCCCACAGUCAAGCCGGGCUGCCUCCUGCCCAGCGAGGCCACACGCCAGCAAGGGCGGACUUGUGAGACUCGUCACUCCGCCGCCUUCGUUUUUAAACACUGACUUCAUUUGGAGAACGAAUUAGCACAAUCUUUGACCGUGUCGACGUCCCACCAUCAAAUGCCUGGUGCCAAGCUGCGGGUCUGUGGGGUU